CUGGCAUCCGUGAAUAUUUUCGGUCCUAGACCGUCUCACAAGAGUCAGAAAUGACAAUGCAGAGGAUUUCAAGCCGAAGAAGGUCACUGAAGAUCUGUUGACAUCAUUCAAUGCUCAAUUCUCCUCGGAUACUGAUGACUAUGGUCUCAGAUACACUAUUGACACAGGUUAUGAGGAUGGUGGUGGAGAAACAGAACUCAAAGGCAAUAAGAUAUGAUCAUGAAGUAUUAACAUCGACGAGCAUACAAUUUGGAACGCCAUUUAAUACCUCCCUCAGCAUGAUAUGCGAUGGAUUGGCCUUCUACCGGCUACCCGAAUCCACCGAGAGUGCUAUCAACGCGUUCGCGGCAAAGCACCGAAUUCCGAUGGAGGUUACCAGCUCAAGCGAGCAUGUUGAGUAUAGUUUACGCCUCUCCCUGUCCAUGUUUGCGACUGAGUACAAUACAAACAACCAGCACGUUACUCUCUACCACCUCCUCCUCAUGGACUUCGCCGCGAUUCUACGACACCGCAGAUUCCUUGGCUUCGAGCAAAAACAUCUUCUGGGAAUUACGGGCUGUUACACACGGCGGGCCAUUGCUUACUACCUAACCUUUUAUCUUUACGCUGGAUGAUCGAGAAAAGCAACGCACGACGCGAUCUCGAGA